GCAGCCGACCAGUGUUGCGAGCGAACUCGCGCGAGCAUCGAGAGUCCGAGCAUCCGAACGAGCCGCGUGUUAUCGUUCCCGCGCGCGUCAAGUGUCGCAUGUGCCCUGUGUCGCCAAGUGUUGUGUCAAGUGACCCCAAGGAGUGAUUAUCCACCACUGAGAUUACCUUUCAUGCAGGUGCGGUUCAAGUUGAAAUUUGCAAAUAUCAAGUAUAGAAUUUAACGAUGACGUCAGCAGUUCGGUUCAAUCAUAAUUCACCAGAAAAUAACCUGGACGCGUUGCUAGAGGACCUGCAGACAACGAUUUCGGGCACGAAGCAAAAUGGGAUAUCCAACGGUCACGGACCAGGAGUCAAAGCCAGUGGCUACAGGGAAACAAUCAGAUCCCACGCCACGGAGAGGGACGGUAAACUGGUGGAGUCGAACCGGGAGUACGACAUCCAGUACUUGAAACCCGCCAACUCCACCACCGUCCUCACAGAAUCCUCCUCACCCACUUUUCUGGACAAGCAUGAUCUCUCUUCCGGUACAAAAGGUGGAAACACGUACAAAUCCGUAUCUUACACAUACAACACAUCCAACACAGGCAGUACCAAUACAUCCAGAGACGUCACGAAAAGCACAGACACAAAACUUAAACAAAAUAUUAACGAAUUAGAUAGCCUGUUGGAGGACAUCACACAUAAAACUGGAUUUGCCAGUUCAGGUACAGCGCUUACUCCGAGUCCAAAAAGUCAGUACACUGAGCUACGCGAAAAAAUUGAGUCGUCAAAUUCUCCUCGGGUGGGUGGUCAUGUCUCCCGGAUCGAACAGAGAACUUUCGAGGAGCAACACGAAAAGCGCUACGGGACGGUUCUGCCCCCGCGUACCGAUUCCGAAACCCGGCGAGAACUGAAAUUCGUCGGCAACAGCUCCCGAGACGGGUCCCUGACCCGGCCCAUUCGGGACCAAUCGCCGUCACCCGUCAGGCACAAGGAGGUCUACUUCCAGGAAUCCAGGACCACAAGCCGCGGCGGAGAUCGCUCACCUUCCCCCAUCCGCAACUCCAACCUCAUCGCCGCGAACAACGGCAAAGUAGCAUCGACCGUCAAAUCCUACGACUACCGCUCGCAGUCCUCCCGGACGGCGGAGGAGAUCGGCCGCUCACUCCGCGAGCGCACCCCAUCGCCGACAGCCGGAACCAAGAAGAUCAUCCGCUACGACUACGAGAAGACAACCACCCGCUCCGUGACACCGCCGAAGGUGGUCCACCACUACGACUACCAAUCGACGACCACCUCCAGCGGCAGCGACAAGACCUACGCUCUGCCCGCGACGCCUUCACCCCCGGCGAAGAUGCAGCAGUACGAGUACCAGAAGACAACCACCUCCGACAACUACAGACCCGUCUCGCCGCCGCCGACGACGGUGCAGCAGUACGAGUACCAGAAAACGACGACCUCGAACAACUACAGACCGAUCACGCCUCCGCCGACGACGGUGCAGCAGUACGAAUACCAGAAGACAACGACUUCGAAUAGUUAUAGACCGAUCACGCCUCCGCCGACGACGGUGCAGCAGUACGAGUACCAGAAGACGACGACCAAUGUAAGGGAGAAGCCCCGAACUCCGCCCCCGCACCGCUCCCCGUCGCCCGUCUCCUUCGCCCAGCCGCCGGACCCGCACGUCAACCAGACCAUCGCGUCGUACAGCACGUUUGAAAAAGGUGUGAACAGGAGCUCGCCGUUGCCGGUGCGUAGCCCGGAGCCGACAGUGAUCACGUACAAGUACUCCUCGACGUCAACGGAGCGGAAGCAGUACCCGCCAACGGUGACGCACCACUACGAGCUGGACGAGUCGCGAACCAAGGUGGAAACGACGACGGAGAAACCACGACCCUUCCCGGUCACCGAGGCCGACAAGCUGGCCCACCCCGGACACCAGGAGCCGCCCAAGCAGGUCGAGGAGCUCAUGGCCUCCUUCUCCCACUCCGAGUACCAGCAAAGUAUUGACUUACCCGAUGCGCCGAAACCGAGACCUCCUACACCACCUCCUCCAGCUCCGGUUGGUCCGGCUGUGAACCCUGCACCUCAGGCCAAUGGCACGGUGGGGAAAUCCAAGAACUUGGCUGGCCCUCCCGUCUACUAUCCUCCUGGAGAACUCUUCACUGCCAAGGUAGAGGCCUCCAUGCAACAGAGCGCCGGUGGAAAAAUGAAGGGUAAAAUGAUGUCCAAGUACAAGUACAAGGAGGGUGGUUGGCGAAAGGAGAAGUCUGGCACAACAACGAUUCCUGUCUGUUUGCCUCUCUGCUGCGCUGCUCCAUGUGUCAUCAUGUAAACAUAACCACGUGUGAAACACACUCUACUCUACCCAUCACUCGACAUCCAACAGAGGUUCACAGAGAGCUAAAUGGAUUUUUUUCAGGACAUACAACAUGAAAACAAAAAAUUGGCUGUACAAACCGUCCUAGUGUUUCACAUCGAUCGUAUUGUUAAAUUCCUGUAUAAGUCCAAAAGAUUUUGGUAACACGUAUCAAACUGUAGAAAAAAUUUUGUCGUGUAAGCCGAAAGCACGGGUCAAACAAAUUUAAUGGUACGGUCGAUAUGAAACACGGUGCAGGCUCUAUGUCCAUGAAAGCUUCUUAGGAAUAAGCACUUUGAAACAAAAAUUUCAUCAAGAGAAAAGAUCAGCUCGCAAAGCCAAAACUCAUUUUUACCUAGAAUUACGCUUGACAUAAACAGGAUUCUGCUUUGGUCAUUAAUAACACAGCCAACCUCUUCGGUGAUUCAGCUACGCAUCUGGCUAAGUCAAUUAAGAAACCUGGUUGUGAAUAUGGACCAUAAUUUUGCGGCCAGGAUGAUUGAGAAAAAAAUCAUAAUAAAUACAUUAUUUGCGAAUCCUCUCAAACGAAUCAAAAAACCGAUUUAGCAAAUGCAAGCUUCCAUUUAAUUUUAACGCGUAGUUAUUGCAUAAUGAAGAUUAGGUAUAUUUUCAUUGAUCCUUGUUGCAGGUGCAAUGAGAUUUGUAAAAA